UUGUCCCUCGGUCAGGCAUCCUUGACCCGGUGGGUUCAUUGAUACUUGAUAAUCUGAGCCGACUUCCAUCAGCCACCAAGCGUAACCCAUCGACCCGUGUAUAACCUUCUUCAUUCUUGAACAAAAAUAACUCGGAUUGUGAUCUCUCGUAUUCUACCUUCUAGCAGCCUCCAACAAUCCCCAACUCGUUUCCUGACUAGGACCAGGAUUAGAUCGACUGAGUAAAAUGACAGGUCAAAAACCUCGUAACCAUAUCUCACAUCUGAUCACAGUCACCUCCUAUUACCCCAGCUUUCUAAAGACCCUUUCGCUAGCAUGUUUCACAUUGUUCAUCCUUCGGGUGGAAGGAAUGUUCACUGCUCGACCUUCAAUCAUCACGACAGAAUUUGUUAAGCCGCAACCUAUAGCACGCGUUUCGGAUAAUUUCUUGCACGCCGACAACAGCGUUGAGACCAUCGGUAUUCCAGUCCGGGAUGAUAAACAGAAUAUGAUUCGUUACCCGCAUCUACCAGGCGAAACUGGAAUACAUCUGGAUCGAGUAGAUAAACCCCCACCCAUCGAAUAUCCCGUCAACCCCGUUCCAAAACCACUAGCUGACCCAAAAGUAGGAUCACCUAACCUACCCCAAAAAACGAAGCAAAAGUGGACUUGGAGAAGGUUUAAGGAUCACAUCAAAACCAAAUUCAAGGCCUUGAUUGCGAAGUUGAAGAAGCUAUUUACCUGGCGGAAAAAGAUUACCCCAUUGGAUGGAAAAUUGGAAAAACCUACCUCAUUACGACCCCCUGGGCCUAAGGCAAACGAAGCAGCCCAAGGACAACCCACCGAGGUAAAUCCACUCGUUCAAGGACCACCCAUCAAGGCAAACGCAGUCGCCCAAGCACAACCCAUAAUGACAAACGAAGUAGCACCUGCUACCCAUGGUCCAGCAUUAUACCCCAGCCAAGAUGAUGGCUACCUCGAUCACUCUUUUUCAUCUUCUUCCUCCAGUGACAGUUCGUAUCCUGGAAGCUCCAGGUGGGGCUCGUUCUCCGGCACAUCCGGUUCAUGGAGCCCUCCACGUCAGCCGGUAGCGCCCCGACUAUCAGGUAGCGACGACGCAUUGCACAGAUUGAACAACUUGAAACUCAUAACCAAGCUGCCUGAAUCUACGACCUUGGUUCCCAUCGAACACCUCCCGGGUUAUGCAAAAACACAAGGGUUUAUAGAGCCAGAUGGGAACUGCAUGUUUAGAGCAUUUUCGUACCUCCUGUACCAAAAUCAAGAUAGUCACUGGGAAAUCAGGGAGAAAAUAGUUGCAUACCUGAAAAAGAACUGGUAUGAGUUCGCAGAAUCUAUGGUAGGAGAUGAAGAUAUCAAUAUAAGAGCCCAGCAGUACAUCCAAAGACUAGAAGGCGGGGCAUGGGGCGAUCAUAUCGAAGAAACUAUAUUUGGAAGGCUCUACAACAGAAACAUUGUCGUUGUCUCUAAUUUAGAGUCCGCACAUGCUCAGGUACGACAACCGGAUCUAUCGUCUAAUGAGUUCGACGCAUUAUUUUUACGAGGUCAACAUUAUGAGCUGUUGGUGAAAGACCCUCAUUGGAAACCAGCUUCAGCAUACCCAAACCCAUCUCGAUCCCAAACUAUUUGAAAAUCCAGCAACGCAAACCGACACAAGACGCAGAAUCGCUAAUCGCUUAAUCUCAAGAUCCUCCAAAUUACUCUCUGGGUUUCGAAUGAUCCGUGGCUUACAUCCUAAGAAAAAAUCCUAUAAUUUGCACCGAAUUCCUUAAUGUUAGAUUAUCUUAACGUUUCAUGCGGAAAAGCAAAAAUCUCUGCAGUGAGCCAGUCAUUGCAAUAUUACGAUUUUACCCUCAUUUCACGGAGUUACGGGUUAUUAGCAUUAUUUUUUCUCAAGUGGAGUUUGGAGUGGACACAGUGUACUUGAAUCAUUGGCAUGAUUUUUGUUGGAUGGCCUCCCUUCUAAAUUCCUAGCCUGUUCAGUUGGCAUUUUCAGAUGUCUACUGGGUUUUACCAGUCAUUUCAUCCAUCUGCUUUUGUUUUGUUCAUGUCUCACCUUAUGCUCAUUUCAAUCCUCCCCCUAACUUUGGGUCUGCUUCUAUCCAUCCC